CAACGGAGCUUAUCGAGCUCGAGCAUCGUUGAUGUCUGACGCAGCAUUCUCGCUCGAGUACCCUUGGAACGAGUCAACGCUCUCGUCGCAUCCGGUGCAACGCUGUGCCUCAGUCGAUCCGAUUCUCACAGCUUUGGUCGCGCUAGCCUAUAGGCCACACACACCUUGUCCUUGAAGCCUGGCAACACGUGAGCUCCCAGGAGCAACCCACCAGCUCCCUCGGUACGCUUCCGUGCCGGCACCGGCGACAUGACCACGUCCUCGCCCGACCCAGCGUUCACAGUCUUCAUCCGCCUUCCAUUUCCCCGAGGCGAUUUCGUUGACCCGCCCCCAGUCAACUGGGAUUCCUCCAAGGAUGAGGCCCUUUGGAACAUAGUAUCCAGGGUUUCCAAGACCGAGAUUGACUGGAAUGAAAUCGCCGACCGAUUCCAGGUUACGGUCGAUUUCCUGCUUCAGCAGAUUGCCUGGCUGACCGAAAGGCAUGCCGCACAACUCCGGGCGCAGAUGCGCCGCGCCGCUGUCGCCGCCAAAGUCUCGCCAGCACCAUCUCCCCAGCCCGGCCUGGAAGGGCUGCCGAUGGCCGAGGCCAUGAGGCGCACAGGCUCAGGGGGCGGAGCGUCUGGCAGUUAUGCCAGUCACUCCCGAGAACCCUCCUCGCUCUCUAUACGCAAGGUUGAGAGCUCGAUGAACCGACCCGAUUCGAGCAGGCCUGAUACGCCGGUACGACCUGGCUCCCGGCCGUCAGCCAACCGAACGUCGUCCUCGAACACCGGCAUCAACACCACUGCGGCCGGCCGGAAUCUAGGCAGCAGUAUCGCUAUGAGGCAACCUCCGCGGACUGCCGCGGCGGACGCACAGCGGCGAAGGUUCUCCUCGUUACCCAUAACGACAACCGCCGCCGACCUGGACCCAGGCCCGCUGUCACCGGAGCCUGCCGAUAACAGCCGAGCUGCUUCGCCGUCCCCUUCUGCGUCCUCCUCCUCAGCCUCAUCAAGCCCUGCACAAUCGCGAAUCAUCCGUCGUCCACCACGAUUCAGAAGCAAUGAUCAGGCCACGUCCUUUGCGGACGAUGACGACGACGAAGAUGAACCUGCGUUUCGCAUGUUCCAACCUCAAGCUGGAUCUUCGUCCACUGGCCAGAACCACGAUCUGAGCGCCACCUUACGCGGUGACCAAAAGCGGCUUUCGAAACAUUCCACGCGAGACCAUCGCCUUCAUCGCUCGCACCACUCAGACUCAUCUUCCAGCUCGACAGCCGCGUUCCGGGGUCCUCCGGACAAAGGUGCCGGACCCGCCGGCCCACUUUCCCCACGGCGGACAAUGGAGCUAGCGGGCCGUAGUCCGGGGGUCAAAGGCAAGGGACAGUCGAGAGAUAGUGAUGGCACACCCAGCAUGGGGAGCAGCUUUAGCGAUCUUGACGACGCCUCAGUCACACAGUCAGCCUUGGAGGAAGCCCUGGCGAGUAAGAUGGGCGACGGCGGAACCAUUGCUAGUCUUCGGGGGACCAUCGGAAACGCCUUUCGUGGUCGUUAUAUGCCCAAGACAAACUACAACACCGGUAAUGAUGGUGGUAGUGGGGGCCAGCAUUAGGUAGCCCACGAUGCUGACGUCAUGGAGGUGGCUCGUGGCCGUCCACGGACGAAACUGACGAUGCAAGGGCGCAUCGCAUUGAUGGUUUCGCAAGGCAAUCUUUGUAGACUAUCAUGAGGUCAAGAAUACGUAUAGAACUACCAUGCUUGAUCAACUCCAAAAGGUCAUAGUGGUAUAAUAUCGCAAAGCAUAUCAGCGGCCAUUGAAACCGGCUGCGGUGGUAUCUCUGAUUAAAGCAAUUCAUGGCCGUG